UUCGAUUCGCCGUGUGAAACAUCAUUUUUCCAUUCUGCGCCGCCUCGAUCGUGCCCCCACCGAUAUCGGUUUCUGUAAAAUUACUGUUUUACUAAAUUUAACUAUUUCUUUCGUCUACUGGUGAAUAUUAUAUUAACUAAAAUUGUUAUUAUUGUCUAUGUUUUUUCACCCCUUCGCCAAUCAUAACCCUAAACGUGUCAGCUGUUAAUUGAAUGAAACUAUUGCGGAAUUACCGAACGGUGGUCGUUGUUCGAGUGCAGUAAAAACAGUCAUUACAAUUACCAGCAAGAGCUCAAAUAUUUAUCGGCGAUUUCAUAGUGGAACUUGACGCCGCACCGACACGAUCUGUUUGUUUGCUGACCGUAAGUAGCCUUCGCCGCCCCUCAUAAUGGAAGCCCUGAUUCCAGUCAUCAAUCGAUUGCAAGACGUUUUCAAUACAGUCGGCUAUGACGCUAUACAACUCCCUCAAAUCGUUGUCGUUGGAUCACAGGUACGUUUAUUACUAUAAUCUUUUUAUUAUUGAUUUUACUGAUUCACAUUACUAUUCUUAAUCUUAAAUCUGAUGACAAGGUAUCAGUCAAAAAUGACAACACCAUCUUAAGUUAAUUUCCAAAAUUAUUUGAUAAAACCAUUGAACCUAAACUGUCUGAAUCACUUAAACAUUAAAUAGGUAAUGAACAGAAUGGUUUUUGUAAAGCUAGAUCCACAGCCACUAAUUUACUUACAUUUUAUUCGUAUUUAAUGGAUAUCAUCUCAGCCAAAGGUCAAGUUAAAUGAUCUCGCUAUAAAUGUUUUCAAUUUUUUUCACACGCCUUAGAAAUAAUUUAGUUUUUAAUUAAAAUAUUGGUCUUGUCAAACUUACAACUGUAAAAUCAGUUAUAGAUUUGGGUGUUAUUUUUUUAAGUGAUUUUUCAUUUAGUUCACACAUUUAUAUGAUAUUUACCAAAGUACUUAGAAUAUUAGGGCUUAUAAAAUGUAAAUGUUGGAAUUUUUCUGAUCCCAAUUGUUUGAAAAUUCUUUGCUGUGCAUUAGUGCGUUCUAUUGUUGAAUAUAGCUGAAACACAUUAAAAAAAGGCUAUCUAAUAAGUUGGAGAAAUUACAAAGACGUUUUCUCUGUAUGUUAUCUUUUAAAUUGGGCGUGGAAGACGGUUCUUUAAAUUUAGUUUAGGAACAGUUCAGUUUACUGAAAAAGACAAAAGACUUCAGGCUGCUGAUGUUAUUUUUAUUUAUAAUUUACAUGAUUGAUUGCCCUGAGAUCUUCAAGAAAGUGUUUUGGAGGGUAUCUGUGGUUAAUACUCAAAAUUCUCCCAUUUUCUACCUAUACACAUAUUAUCAUUUAUAGCUGUUAAAUUUAAGAAUGAUACUCAUAUUUAAUUAAUAAAAGAUAAGUUAUUAUUCAUUAGUUCAAUAUUAAAUUUAACCUUCUUUUUAAUUAUAUUUAUAAUUUUGCUGUUGGAACAUUUUCACAUAGCAUAAUGAGGUAGUUUUGAACAUUAUACAGGUACCUACUUAUUUUCAUUUAAGUAAAUAUUAUAUACUUCUCUUACAGAUUAAAUUGUUAGAAAUUGUGUUAAAAACUUAAUAAAAAUGAAAAUUAUUCAAGUUUCAAUUGUUAUGUUUAUAAAUUUGUAUAUAUUUUCAGUAUACUUAUUACCAAUUUCAUAUGUAAUAUAUUAUACAUUUAUUUGUUUAAAUUUUAUUGUAAACAUAUUUACUGAAAGUUGUGUGAAUAAAACUUUAUUUCUUAAAAUGUGUUUUUUUGCUUUAUCAAAAAAAAAAAUAUAUUAUGUUCAAAAUUACCCCAUGCUUCAUCUAAAUAAAAAUGUUGUUUGAAUAAUAAAUUAUAGUAAGUGUAAAUAUCAAAUACUAUUCCCUAGAAGUUACUUCACUCAACAAAACUAUUUCUGGCUAUGUCUAUAGAAAAAUAUAAAUCCGAAAUAUUUUAAAAUAUGAUCCAGUCUCCUCUACUUAAUAUUUUUAUUUAGGUAGGUAUAUUAUAAUACACAGUAUCCAAAAUUCAGGCCCAAUCCGAUCAGAAGUUCAUAAUUUAGCAAACUAUUUUCUGGACAAAAAUGGUUGUGUAAGGGUCAAGCCGAAACUCAAGUAAGGUUGAGUCGGUUUAUACAGGUAUCUAGUAGAUAUGUGUCUGCCAAAUAAUCAAAUUUAUUACGAGGGUGGGCUGAUAAGUAAUGCUUCUUAUCUCAUGAUUAUUUUUAGAUUUAUGAUAAAAUUUUCAUUUGUUGUACAUUUAAUAGUUUUUGUAGUUGGUUAAGUGUGUAUUAUUUUAUUAUUUACGCAAUUUAUAAUAAUGGCUCCUUCAGAUGUGUAGUUCAAACAGCAAUUGAAUUACUAGAAUUUCAAGUUAUUCCACAUCCACCUUAUAUAGCCCAGAUUUGGCCCUGUGCAAUUUUUUUUUAUUUCUUAAGCUUAAAGAACAUUGUAAGGACAAAAAAUUCAAUUCUGAUGAGAAAGUUAAAGCUGAAGUUAAAUGAUAGUUCAAUGCUUAAACUUUAGAAUUUUAUUUGAAUGGCAUUUCUAAACUAGUAAAUCGUCGGAAAAAAUGUAUCAUCCUAGAAGGUAAUUAUGUUGAAAAAUAAUAGUAUGUAAAUAAAGAUAUUUAAUUUACUAUACAUGUAUUUUUAAUUCAUUGUUCAAUGUAUAAUUGUUUUCCUGUAUUAUUUAUUAAUUUCAAUGAACUUGGUCAAUUAAAAAAAAUGAGACCUCAAACAAUAUUUUUAUUUACCAUUUAGAUAAAAUUCCUGUUCGAAUACUAUGAAUGAAAGAUUUGACAAGCAAUUUUAUAAAAUUAUGAUCUAAUUAGUAAUAAUCUAAAUAUAAAUAUGCAAAUUGAAGUACAAAUAGUUAUUUAAAAAUUAAAUAACAAAAUCAGAACAAAUUAAAUUUUAAAUAAAUUGUUUGACUGUUUUACCUGUCCUUAAACUCAUAAGUGAAUGAAGAUGUUGGUGUUGUUAAGAAUGAACCAUUAAUACUAAUACUGUAGACCUUUAUUUUCUAAUCAUUUUCCAUAAUUUUUCUAGAUCAAGUGUUUAAGAUAAUAUUAAUAUCAAAAAAAAAAAACAAAGCUACUUAAUCUUUAGUUUAUAAUAUCAGUUUAAAAUACCUUAUAUGCUGUUAUUUCUUUUUGUUUGUAUAGGUUGAUACUUGUACAUAGAGACAUUAUGUUUUUCCUAAAUUAUUUAUUAUUAAUAAUAUAUAUUUUAAGAUAAACACUAAUAUUUAAGUAGGUAUAUUCAUACUAGUCAAUAUUAAAAGUAGGUAUCAAAAUAUAAAUUCUUAAGAGUUUUAAACAUUUCUUUUGAAACUUUUAUGGAAUUAUAGUUUAUUGUUUGAAAGAUGUUUAAAAAGAAAAACUGGGAACUUUUCAUGUUCACAGAAUAAGCUAUUCUAACUUAUUUGUUAUGAGUUAUUGAUUUUAUAAUAUAAAAUAAAUUGUAUUUUACACAUUAUACAAUUUCAACCAACUAACUGUACAAAAUUAAUUAUUAUAACCUAGAUACUUUGAGAUUACUUAUGUAAAUUGCAGAUAGGAAAAUAUUAUAUGUGAUGCCUAUGUGACUACAAAUUGAAAAAUUAUUUUUUUGGACACUGAUUUUUAGUGUUUCUCGGGAAUGAUCAAAGUAUUGGUUUGAAAACAUCAGAUUAUCUAUAUAUGUUUAAUAUUUUAUUAUAAUAUUAGGUUUAACCACUUUGUAUUCUUAAGUGCAAAGAAAGCUCUUUCAAAUAUGGCCAUCAUUCUUAUUCUUUACCUUUUGUUUCCAAUCCGAAAUCCCAUUUUUCUAAUUUUAGUAGUAUUAUCAUCAUUUGUAUUUCUUUGUGUAUACUCAAUUUCUUUCUUUUUUUUUUUUGUACAUUUUUAAAUGUUUUUUACAGCUUGUUACUGUCAGCUUUUAAAAACUAUUAUAUAGUUUUAAAAUGAUAUCUAUUUAUAAUACAAACAAUUAAUUAAUGAUACCUACAUAAUCAAUUUAUGUCUAUUUUUUCUUAGAGUUCUGGUAAAAGUUCUGUCAUAGAAAGUAUAGUCGGAAGAUCAUUUUUACCUAGAGGAAUUGGAAUUGUAACUAGAUGUCCUUUAAUUCUUCAGCUAGUUAACUGUCCUCCUAAUGAUAAAGAACAUAGAAGAGCGGAAAAUGGUAAGUAUUAUUAUUAUUGUUUUAUUAAUAACCAUUGCAGUAUUUUAGCAUUAGCACUAUUUUAAAUUUUAAAUUAAACACAAAUACAAAUUUCAAUCUGCUAAUUGAUUAAUAUUUUUAUUUUAUUAUAUGCGCAUAUAUAGGUACAGCAAGCUUGGAUGAAUGGGGUGAAUUUUUACACAGUAAAAAAAUUUUUAAAGAUUUUAAUGAAAUACGAGAAGAAAUUCAAACUGAAACCAAUAGAGUCGCUGGCAGCAAUAAAGGAAUAUGCCCAGAUCCAAUUAGUCUAAAGAUAUAUUCUGUAAAUGUGUUGAAUUUAUCACUUGUGGACUUACCUGGAAUAACUAAAGUACAGUAUAUAGGUUUAAUUUAUGUUCAAUAUUUUAAUUUAAACAUGUAAGUAUUCUUUUAACAUUAUUUGGUUUUUAAAAAUAUUAGGUUCCUGUAGGAGAUCAACCAGAAGAUAUUGAAAUUCAAGUAAAAAAUUUGAUCAUAAAAUAUAUUCAGAAUCCAAAUUCAAUCAUUUUGGCAGUAAGUACUGCUAACACAGACAUGUCCACCAGUGAAAGUUUGAAAUUGUCUAAAGAAGUAGAUCCUGAAGGAAAGAGAACACUAGCUGUGAUCACUAAACUUGAUCUGAUGGAUGCUGGUAAUACAUUUUUUAAUUAGUUUUUUUUAUCACUAAUUUAAUUUUACUAAAGGUACUGAUGCUGUUGAUAUACUUUGUGGUCGUGUUAUUCCUGUUAAAUUGGGCAUAAUUGGUGUUGUAAAUCGAUCUCAACAAGAUAUAAAUGAUAAUAAAGUAUGUAUUGCUUAAAAUGACCUAUUUAUAUAUAUUUUUAAAAUUAAUUUUUUUUUUUCAGUCUAUUGUGAAUGCCCUUAAAGAUGAAUCUACUUAUUUGCAAAGGAAAUAUCCUUCAUUGGCCAAUAGAAAUGGUACUCCAUAUCUAACAAAAACACUCAAUAGACUCUUGAUGCACCAUAUUCGAGAUUGUUUACCAAAUUUAAAAGUAAUGUUUAUUAAUCAUGACAGCAAUUUUUGCUGGUCAUUAAUAUUUAAGGACUCUAUUUUCUAAUCUAUAAUAAAUAUGGUACCCAAUAGUUAACAUUAAUUUUCAUGUUUACACAUUAUGUUCAAAAAAUGUAUUUUUGAAUCCUUAUUAAAAGAUACAUAUAUGAACAUUUAUAUAGUUUUCAUGGAAAUUUUAAUAAUUUAAGAUAUAACUAACUACCUAUUAAUUGUUUGUUAUUCAUUCAUACAAUAUUAUUAUUAUUUAAUAUUUACAAUAUGGAUUAAACCAAUGGCUUUAUUUAGAUGUAUUUAUAAAAUGCAUACCUCUUCCACAAUUACUAAUUAAAAUUAGUAAAUAAUUAUUUUUGCUCAUGGAUAUCUAGAUGGUUUAUUUAUUAUAAUAUGUAGGUACUUUAUUAAUAAAGCAAUAAAUUCAAUUAAAUAUAAUUCAUAAAUAAAUACAUUUUAACAUAUAUUGUAUAUUAUAUUAAUGUUUUAUACUGAAAGCUAUUUAAUUUUUUUUUAUAUAAUACAAUUUCUAAUAGAUAUAUAUAUAUAUAUAUAUACCUAACUGAUAUCAAUAAUAAAAAUACCUAUGUUAAAUUCAAUAAAGUUAACUUUAAAUAUUUUAGAAAUUAAAAAUAUUACAAUAACACAGUAUAAUUAGAUAUUAAAAAAAAAAAAAACAUAUUUUUUACUUGAUACCAAAAUAUGUUAAAACUGUUAUUUAACCAGGGCGGAGAAAUUUUAGUUUUUUUAAUUUGUUUAGAUAGGUUCUAGAGCAAUAUGAGUGAUGUAUAGAGAUAUUUAUAUUUAAAAUUUUGUGUACUUAAAUAAAUGAGACAAAUUAAUAGCAUAAUAGGUAAACAUUUGGAAAAUGUUGAUAUUAUAUAAAAUAAUUUAAAUGUAUAAAAUAUAGCAUAUAGAGAAUUGUCCACAUAUGUAUCUAUAUAUAAUAUAGUAAAGGUAAUAAAAUAUUUAGUUAAUACCUAUUCAUAUGUUAAAAUAAUUUUACGAAAUACAUUUUUUAUUAUUUUAAGAUGAAAGUUAAAAAAAUAAAGAAGCUGAAAGCAAUUAAUUUUUCAAGUUUUUAUUAUUAGUUCAAAUAUUAUUUCUUUAAAUUUUUUUCCAUUUAAAUAUUAUAAUUUAAAUGCCAUAUUUUAUAUAUUAUAUUUGUUUAGAUCAGAGAUUACAAACUUGUGGGUCGUGUUAUAUUUUUAAAUAAAAAAAAUUAUAGAUUCUGAAUAGAGUGAGGAAUGUACAAUAGUUUUACAAUGAUGUUUAUUUUUUGAAAAACUUAACUAUCAGAAAUCUUACUCUAAUUGUAAUACUUUUCAAGGAGUUUUCUCAACUAAUGAGAAAAUGUACAAUGUGUAGGUAUUAGUUAAAAAAAAUAUUACUGCCUAUUUUUUGCAUGUGAAUUAAUUUUCUACUAGCAAAUUGGAUAUAUUCUUGCAAAUAAGAGUAUGCAACUGAACAAACUUCAUGAAUCAUCCAGAAAUAAAAAAUAAGCCAUAAGAAAGUUUUAUUGAUAUUGUUGUGGGUCGCCAAAAUUUAAAUUAUUUCCGAAAUGGGUCAUGCCAUAAAAAGUUUGGGAACCUCUGGUCUAGAGCAUAUUUUAAGUGCAUAUAUAUUUUGAGAUUUUAACUACUAGAGGUCCUUAACUAAAUAUACACUCAGUACAAAUGGUGUACAUCUGUAUGUACACAAAUAAUUAGGAAUAAAAUCUGAAUUUUUAAUAUUAAAGAGGUUUAUGUGAACAUCUGUCUCAACAGUUUUAAGAUUUAUUAUAUAAUUUCAAAAAACAUUUUCAGACCAGAGUGAACGUAAUGGUUUCACAGUUUCAAUCAUUACUGUACUCAUUUGGUGAUGAUGUAUCAGAUAAAAGCCAAACAUUGUUGCAAAUCAUCACAAAAUUUGCUGCAGCCUAUUGUUCAACAAUAGAUGGUACUUCCAAGAAUAUCGAAACAACUGAGCUGUAAGUAAAAUAUUAUAAUCUAUUUUUGAACAUAAAUUAAUUAAAUGUAUUCAUGUAUUAUUAUUAUAGAUGUGGUGGAGCUAGAAUUUGUUAUAUAUUCCAUGAGACUUUUGGAAAAGUAUUAGAUUCCAUUCACCCAUUGACUGGUUUAUCUAAAAUGGAUGUGUUGACUGCUAUACGUAAUGCAACUGGACCGAGACCAGCAUUGUUUGUUCCUGAAGUAUCUUUUGAAUUACUGGUAAAGAGGCAAAUUCGCAGACUAGAAGAACCAUCUUUGCGAUGUGUAGAACUUGUACAUGAGGAAAUGCAGCGUAUGAUCCAACAUUGCGGUAUUGAAUCUCAACAGGAGAUGAUCAGAUUUCCCAAACUCCAUGAAAGUAUUGUAGAUGUUGUCACACAGUUACUACGCAGGAGGUUGCCUACAACAAAUACUAUGGUAAAUUUCAAUUUUGGUAUAAACAAUAAUAUUAUCAUAUGAUAUUACAUUUGUAUUUUAUUGUUUAUAUUUUGUAAUAAAAAAAGGUUGAAAACUUGGUAGCUAUUGAACUAGCAUACAUUAACACCAAACAUCCAGAUUUCCAUAGGGAUGCAGAACUUGUAUCUUUAAUGAUGAAGAGUGCCGAAGAAGAUGAAGUUUCGAGACAACGCAUGUUGAGAAAAUAUAAUGUAAAUAAUACAGUGAAUGGAUGUGACCGAGAUGUGAGUAAACUACAACUAAGCUAUAUCUCUUGUACCUUGUCUCUGAGCAUUAAUUUGUUUAUUUUUAAUAAACCAUAUUCAUUAAUUUAAUAAGUAAAAAAAAAAAAAAAUAUUUGGAUUUUUAAAUAAUUUCAGUAUAUUGAUGAAGUAUUUUUACUUGAAAUUGUUCAUAAAACUUCUAAAAUCCUUCUUUGAUCAUUUUAUACUUCUUAUUAUACUCAUAAAUAACCCAUUUUUUGAAAGAUUAAAUUAUAAAUAUAUAUAUAUGUAAAGAGAUACCAAUAUAUUUGAAUCUAUUCCCUACUAUUUAAAGACUUAGUUUGUGAGGAGUUUUACCCCAAUUUAUAUAUUUUCGCUAAUAUAUAUGGAGUAUAAAUGUAUCAUCAAAUUACAAUGACAUGCAUCAUGUUUGUAAGCUUGCAGCUCAAGACUUACCCAGCACCCAUAUCUGGCCCGCUGAUGACAAGUGGGGCAAAUAUCUCCUCUGCCACCUCCAAAUUUUUAGAUGUUUAUUACUUCCACAAUUACCAUAUUGAGUAACUAGGGCUUCAGGCCUUCUAAACCUAUUUGCACAUAUGUAUAGAUUAAUUCAAAAUUUAUGUUUGAGCCAUUUUAUCAUUUAAAUAUUCAAAAUACAAACAAAUAUAUAAUAUAAAAGUUUUUGGAUUUAUAAACAUCUAAAAUAAAUUUUACAUUUUUUUUCUUAUUGUCCUUUUUUGGGGAUCAACUUCUGAAAUUAAAAUGUGAAUAUAUAUUUAAAAUUCUAUAGAAUUUUUUAUUUCUGUCAGCAGAUGAAAUAUGGAAUAUCAAAAGUUGAUCCCUUUAAAAAGAGUAAAAAAAAAUAAAUUUACAAAUUAUUUUAGAUGUUUAUAAAUAGAAAAACUUUUUGUAUUAUAUAUUUUUCAUAAAUUUUAAUCAUUCUGUGUAUAUUAUAUAUAUAUAUAUAUAUGUAUAUUUUUAUUUUUUGAAAGAGUGUCACAAGUACAGGUUCAAUGAAGAGAACAACACCAAGACAACAACAUCAAACUGAUAUGAACAGCGAAAUAAAUUCUGUUGAAUCUUCACCAGCCACUACACCAGUCCAUCAAAUGAAAACCGAUAUAUCUAUGAAUGUUGCCAGUUGUUUCAACAGCAUAGAUUUACAAAGUCCAUCCAAUAGAAAUUUAUCAGAAAAGGAACUACGAGAUUGUGAUGUGAUUGGUAUGACACAUUGUGUAGUACAUCUUAUUCACCCAAUUCAUGUGAAGUUCAAAAAUGAACAAAUAUUGUAUUUUAUUUUCUCUGUAGUUUUACUCAUAAUUAGGAAAAACCACAUGGGAGGAGGGGGACUGACAAAUUUCAUUAUUUUAAAUUUUUAUGCUUUCUGUUUUCUAUCAGAAUUAUUGGUUUAAUAGAAAAACAAAAUUUUGUUUUUUUAAUGUAAUUCAGUUAAAAUAUUAGCGGCCUUGAAAUGUUGAUACAAAACUGAUAUUUGCUUUUUCUAGACUAUACAGAAAUGCUUAGAAAUUUGAAAGAAGAUUCAAAAAGAUAUUAAGUGUAUUGUAGUAUUUUAUUUUGUGUUAGGUUAAAAUCAACCCACUAGAACUCUGUUCUGAAUCGAUUUUAUUAUCAAUAGUUUAUCAUUGAUUACAGGUAUAAAUUAAAUAACUUUAUGUAUCCCACCUUCCCAACUACUUAUCUACUACAAGUAGCCACACCCUUCUCCAUUGUCAGCUCCUUUUUUUUUUUUUGUAUAUGAUUUGUGUUGCACUCAAAAAAUAAUUUAUUUGAAGAGUUAGGUUAAAACUGCAUUCUUUAAUAAUAUUCCUUCCAAAUAAUCUCAUUUAAAAGGAACUGUUGUACUUUUUUAUAUUCUGUAAGAAAUGCUUCAAUCAAAGUUCUUGGCCAGAAAGCUAUGAUGUCAAUGGCUCUGGUGGUGGUGGUGUCAAUUGUGGUAACAUUUCCAUAAACAUAAAACUUAAUCCUAGUGGUUUGUGUUGAAAACCUCAAAGCAAUGUUGUAAUAAUAUGUAUAAUAAUAAAUAUGUCCUUUUUUUCAUAUAGAUAUAUUAAAUUCACAUUGAUUUUUAUUUAUAUAGAUUGUGUUCAAUAUGAAUCCCUAAAUAGUCAUUUUUUAUUUACCAUAGUUUGUGUGAAUGGGACUAUAUAUUAAUUUUCUUUUUUCAAAACAAUUUUCAACUUCAUAAUAUAUUAAGUAAUUAAUGCAAAUUUUUCUUAUGAUUUAUAGAAAGAUUGAUUAAAUCAUACUUCUACAUUGUCAGGAAAUCUAUUCAAGACAGUGUUCCCAAGGCUAUUAUGCAUUUUUUAGUUAAUUUUGUAAAGAACAAUUUGCAAUCUGAGCUAGUCACCCAUUUAUAUAAAUCUGAACAAGUGGAAGAGUUACUUAAUGAAUCUGAACAUAUAUCCAAACGUAGGAAAGACGCUGUGGACAUGCUAAAGGUAAACAUGUUAUUUCAAAAUAUCUGACUAAUAAUAUUUUAAAUAUUUGUUUUCUUUUCCAAACAGGCUUUGCAGAACGCUAACCACAUUAUUAGUGAGAUCCGUGAGGUACAUGUCUGGUGAUAAUGCUGCCCAUUGAAGACUAAUGUAGUUUUUAGUUUUAAAAUUAAUCCCCAAUAUGUACAUUGUUACAAGUCCUUGAUUAUAACUAUUAUUAAUUAUAAAAUACAGACAAGGAUAACCCAGUGUUUUUAAGGGUACCAUUAGUAUUUAUUUAAAUAUUUCUUUUAGGCUUAAUAUGAUUAUUUAUUUAUUAUACAUGAUAAUUUAUAAUAAUUAUCCAUUCCCUGUCAUUUAUAUAAAGCAUAGUGUAGGAUCAAUCAGUAUCUAUUAGACAUGAAAUUUGUAUGCCUUAUAUUCCUAAUAAUUUGAGUGUGAGUUUAUUUUAAAGAUUGCAUUUAUAUGAUUAAAUCAUAUUUUUAUUAUUAUUAUUAUACAAACAAAGAUUAUACAUAAGGUAUAAUCUUAUAUCUACUAAUAAUUUUAAUUCAUAAGCAAAAAAUGCCUCUUUAUUUUAUUGGUAUAGCAUAGAUUAGUGGUUUUCAAACAGUGUCACUAUCUUGAAGUUUUCUAUACCUGAAUUGUAUAAUAAAGUACAACUUUUUUAAAUUUAAUUUGUAGGUGUAAAAAAUGUAUUAAUGACUAGAAAAGUAAUUUAUGUGUUCUUAAAAUCUAAAAAAAAAUGUGUGUAACAAUUAUUUAAAAGUACAAAAAUGUAGGGAUUUAAAAGCUCAUCUAAUAACUCUUCUAAAAUACAAUGUUUAACACUACAAAAAUAAUCAAGACUGUAAUUUUUUUUUUCAAAUAUAUUUAAAUGCUUAUAAAUGCAAUCCUUAAUAAUUUAAUAAAAAUAAUCUUUAUUAAAGUAAAAGUUGUUCAUAGAAAGUCGACACAGUGAAAAUUUUGUGACAGCACUGCAUUAUUCUGUGUUUAAAAAAGUUUGAAAACCACUGGAAUAAUAAGUAAUUCAAUUUUUGAUAUUUUCACACCUAGUAUAUUCUAACAGUUUAUUCAAUAAACUGAUAAUUAAGUAAAUAUUUAUUAAUGUAUUAAUAAUUAUGAAUAAGAAAAUUAGAGCAAUAUAUAUUUUUUUUUUUCAUGUAAUAGUUAUAUCUGUUAUUAAAAAAUAUUAACCAAGUUCAUGAUUAAUAAUUGUAGAAGAC